CUGGUGAAAUGUUGUAUCUUUUUGUUUAAAAAAUGUUUAAGCCUUCAUAGAUUGGCAGUUUUUGACCCUUCUCCUAUUUUAGGAGACUGUGGAAAUAGCUGUGUCUUCCCAACAUUGGCACUAUUGACAUUUUAGGCUGGAUAUUUCUUUGUUGUAGGGGCUGUCCUGUGCAUUGUAAGAUGUUUAGCAGCAUCUCUGGACUCUGCCUACUAGAUGCCAUAGCACCGUGCUCCCCUAGUUGUAAGCACCAAAAAUAUCUCCAGAUAUUGCCAAAUGACCCUUGUGGUGCAAAACUCCUGAUGGUUGAGGACCAGUGGUACAGAGCGCGUUGCAGAUUCACACAGAUGGUUCCUGUUACCUCUCUUGUGACUGAGGAGCUCCAGAAAUUAGAUGUGAGGCAUAUUCCUCCUUAUCUUGGGGUGUGAGUGGAUACAAAAGAAGGGGAGUUGGAGGAAUGGACGUAGGUAUAUCUCAGAGUCCAGGGAGUGCGUCAGAGUUCUUUUUGAGCAAGUGAUAGCUGUCAGAAACCACAGUAACCCAAUAUAUAUUCUAUUAUAUAUUCAGCAAGUGUUUGUUAAAUGCCUACUAUCUGCUAGGUACUAUAAGGGGCACUGGGUAUUUCAUGUUAAAAAGAUGUGAUUGCUACUUCGUGAAGCUUAAGGUUUAGAGGUAGACACAGACAUUUAGUAAGUAAUUUAUAAAUAGUAUACAUGCUGUUGAAGGAAAAGAACCAGAUGUCAUGAGAGAAUAAAAGAGGGGCUUAUUUAGAGUAGAGCUGGUAGCCGUUGAAGGCUUCUACUAAACCUGUAGGUUUUCACUAGAUUUGGGGAAGGGACUGAUAAGAGUGUUCCAAGUGGAGUGAAUAGCAUGUAUUUGAAGUUGCAAGGUGUCAAGGUGGGAAAGAUUCAGCUUUUCAUGGAACUGAAAAAAUGCUAGUUUGAUUGGAGAAUGAUUGAAUGAGAAAGGAAAAGUCGAUUUAAAAUAAGGGGGGAGAGAUGGUCAUGGGCCAGAUAAUGUCCCUUGUGGGUGAAGAGUUGGGAUAAUAUUCAAAGUGCAGUGGGAAGCUCUGUAAGGAUGAUAAGCAGGCGAGUGAGACAAUCUGUUUUACAUUCCAAAGUGAUUAUUCUGGCUGCGGUGUCGAGUAUGUAUAGGAGAGAGGCAAGAGUAGAGUUAGGGAAACCUAGUAAAGCUGUGGUAGGUAGCUGAAACCUAAUGGGUGAUAAUGAUAUUAGGUUGAUGACAGUGGAGGUAGAGGGAAAUGAACAGAUUCCAAAGAGAUUUUGAAGGUAGCAUUAAUAAAAAUUAUAAUAAUUUGAACGUGGGUGGUGAAGAGCGGAAGAUGUGCAUGGUGACUUCCAGAAUUCUGGCUUGAAUGAAUGGAUUCAGUUGCCAUUACUGAGAUGGAGACCACCAGUACGAAGCAUCUUGCAUGAGGGAACAUAGAAGAGCUAGAGUUCAGCUUUAGAUGUGGGAAGUUGGAGAUGCCUGUGAAGUAUCUUAUUAGAGAUAUCAAGGAGAUAAACAUAACACACACACUGGUGUUGAAAAUAGGAAUCUGGUGUCCAGAGGAGAGGACGUAGAUUGGAAAUGAUAAGUUGACAGUUGUCAGCAUAUAGAUGAUAAUAUUGUCUAGGAAGAGAAUGUGUCUUGAUGAGAGAAUUGGGGCCAGGGCUGAACCCUGAGGAAAUGUGAUGUUUAGAGGUUCGGUAAAGAGGAGCAACAGGCAGAGAGAGGACUAAGAUGCUUGAGAGGUGGGAACCAAAUCGGUAGAGUGUGAUGUCAUAGAAACCAAGCUGUGUUCCACAGGGCAGUUGGGAGGGGAUUAUGGUCAACUAUGUCUAAUGUUCUGAGAGUACUAGUAAGCCUGCCUUGUUGCUGAUGACUCCUUAGACACACUGAACUAUUCUGAUUUCUUAUAAUACUUGAGGGGCAUGGGGUUUUAGCCACCGGUGGAGAUUAGGGCCCAAACAGGGAAAGGAUCUUAAGAAAAUUUGUAGCCUGUUGGAUUGGAGCAGCUUUCCUAACCUUUUCUGUAAGAAGCGUAGCACAGAAAAACUAUUCUAAUGGUAAGCUUUGAGUACAGCUGACACAUGACCCGCUCUUAGGGAAUACGCCACCCAUAGCAGCAAGAUAUAAACGUGAACAUUUGUCAUGUUCUCUCUAAUAUAGUUCUUUUCCUUGGUGAUAAAAGUUGCUUUCCACUUCAUACAUCAAUACUACUUCAAAAUACUGCAGAUUUGCGUAAUAAAUACUUUCUAUUCCCUGAAUAUGGAUAUGAGAAUUUGAAAAUUUAUAUUUAGGGUAUUUGCGCAACAUCUUUCUUGUUUCAGUUUUUCCUUUUGCCUCAUCUUAGAUCUUAGCAAAGAUACUCAUUUGUUGCUAGUGCCAGGAAGCAGGCAGUUUCCAUGGUAACUGACAGACUGAGUUUACUGUGGAAAUUUCCGGAAUUAACAGAGCUGCAUUGCAGAAGGAUGCAUAAAGCAGUAUUCAUCUAGAGAUCCUAACAGUAUGGACACAGAAGAACAGUUGCAGUGGUGUGCAGGAGAGAGACUGAGAACACACAGCAUUGAAUCGUCAGGAAAACUGAAGAUCUCCCCUGAACAACACUGGGAUUUCACUGCAGAGGACUUGAAAGACCUUGGAGAAAUUGGACGAGGAGCUUAUGGUUCCGUCAACAAAAUGGUCCACAAACCAAGUGGGCAAAUAAUGGCAGUUAAAAGAAUUCGGUCAACAGUGGAUGAAAAAGAACAAAAACAACUUCUCAUGGAUUUGGAUGUAGUAAUGCGGAGUAGUGAUUGCCCAUACAUUGUUCAAUUUUAUGGUGCACUCUUCAGAGAGGGUGACUGUUGGAUCUGUAUGGAACUCAUGUCUACCUCGUUUGAUAAGUUUUACAAAUAUGUAUAUAGUGUAUUAGAUGAUGUUAUUCCAGAAGAAAUUUUAGGCAAAAUCACUUUAGCAACUGUGAAGGCUCUAAACCACUUAAAGGAAAACUUGAAAAUCAUUCACAGAGAUAUCAAACCUUCCAAUAUUCUUCUGGACAGAAGUGGAAAUAUUAAACUCUGUGACUUUGGCAUCAGUGGACAGCUUGUGGACUCCAUUGCCAAGACAAGAGAUGCUGGGUGUAGACCAUACAUGGCACCUGAAAGAAUAGACCCAAGUGCGUCGCGACAAGGAUAUGAUGUCCGCUCUGACGUCUGGAGUUUGGGGAUCACAUUGUACGAGUUGGCCACGGGCCGAUUUCCUUAUCCAAAGUGGAAUAGUGUAUUUGAUCAACUAACACAAGUCGUAAAAGGAGAUCCUCCACAGCUGAGCAAUUCUGAGGAAAGAGAAUUCUCCCCAAGUUUCAUCAACUUUGUCAACUUGUGCCUUACAAAGGAUGAAUCCAAAAGGCCAAAGUAUAAAGAACUUCUGAAACAUCCCUUUAUUUUGAUGUAUGAAGAACGUACCGUAGAGGUCGCAUGCUAUGUUUGUAAAAUCCUGGAUCAAAUGCCAGCUACUCCCAGCUCUCCCAUGUAUGUCGAUUGAUAUCGCUGCUACGUCAGACUCUAGAAAAAAGGGCUGAGAGGAAGCAAGACGUAGAGAAUUUUCAUCCCGUAUCACAGUGUUUUUAUUGCUCGCCCAGACACCAUGUGCAAUAAGAUUGGUGUUCGUUUCCAUCAUGCCUGUAUACUCCUGUCACCUAGAACGUGCAUCCCUGUAAUACCCGAUUGAUCACACAGUGUUAGUGUUGGUCAGAGAGACCUCAUCCUGCUCUUUCGUGAUGAACAUAUUCAUGAAAUGUGGAAGUCAGUACGAUCAAUUUGUUGACUGUGAUUAGAUCACAUCUUAAAUUCAUUUCUAGACUCGAAACCUGGAGACGCAGCUACUGGAAUGGUGUUUUGUCAACUUCCAAAUACUGGAAGUAUGUGGUGAUGGAUGUACUAUGUCUGAACCUAGAGACUCGGGCUUGAGUGAGAAGAGCUUGCACAGCCAGCGAGACACAUUGCCUUCUGGAGCUGGGAGACAAGGGAGGAAUUUCCUUUCUUCACCAAGUGCAAUAGGUUUACCGAGUUGAUAUUCUGUUGCUUUACAGUCCCAGUUGAUGUGUGGGGAUCGAUGUGCUCAGCCAAAUUUCCACUUUGAAAUAUGUUAAAUUAGAAUGAAUUUAUCUUUACCAAAAACCAUGUUGCAUUCAAAGAGGUGAACAUUAAAAUAUUGAGACAGGACAGAAUGUGUUCUUUUCUCCUUUACCAGUCCUUCUGCUCUUCAUUGGGAAGACUCAGGAGUCUGCCACUUGUCCAAGAAGGUGCUGAUCCUCAGAAUUUUCAUUCUCAGAAUUCAGUGUGCUGCCAACUUGAUGUUCCACCUGCCACAAACCAGCAGGACUGAAAGAAGAAGAAGAACGGAGGGCAAAGUUUACAGAUGGUUUAGCUCUAGUAUCUCAUCUGGGACACUUGUAGCAGCUAUGUAUUUCCCCAUGGUCCCGAGCCUGAUACUUCAGCCAUCGUAACUCGCUAACAGGGAGAAGCAGCUAGUAGCAAUGUGCCUUGAUUGAUUAGAUAAAGAUUUCCUGUAGGCAGCAAAAGACCAAAUCUCAGUUGUUUGCCAUCACUGGUCCACGUCUUCAGUUUCUGAAUCUCUCUCCCUACCCGUCUGUUGCUGCUAUGUGACUUUUUUGCUUAAUCCAAUAUUUUGCCUUUUUUUCCUAUAUCAAAAACCUUUAUAAUUACCAGGGAUGUUCUUUACCAAGGAUUUUUGGCCCCAAAUCUCUUAUAUGCUCUAAUGUUUAAAAGGCUGAGACACGUGGGGCCCAGCUGAUGUGAUAGGUGAUAAAGAAGCAUCUUUUCUAGAGACAGAUUUGACCAGAUGAGAAUCUGAAAUGACAGACUUUUAGAUAAGCUCGUCACCUCUGAGAAUCUCUAGCAAGUCACCACCAUUUCUUGACAUUGGAAUCCAAAACAAAACAAAACAAAACAAAAAACCCUUAACAGUUAGGAGAGGCCGCUGAGAUCUGCCGUCUUUUGCCGUGCUUCCUCUCUUACCCGUUAGCUAGGUUCUCCUUAGGUUUUGCUCUGGCCGCCCUGGCACUGAGCAUUAGGCUCUGUGCAACAGUUAAGCAGCACUGUGAGUGGUUCGAGCACACUGGAAUAUAAAACAGCCAUGAUCUGAGAUGCACGUGAUGCCAUUACAGAACCAAAUGGUGGCAGGUAUUGCUGUGUCUCCCCCCAGAGUGACAGUCAUAAACACUAUAAAACAAUAAAGGGAGAAUGGUGCUGUAUAAAGUUACAUCCCUGUAAAUUUCAGAAUUUAAAAUGAUUUAUCGCUUUGGUCCACAUGCCUGAUUUUCCUGUUUUCUCCCCCACGGCAUCCUAAACCUUAGCCUUCCCAGUGUUCUGAAAGGAAGCAUUGCUCUGUGUCUUCCUUUGACACCAAGCCAUCAUCCUCCAUUGCUCCCGGGGACUCAAGAGGAAUCUGUUUCUCUGCUGUCAACUUGCGGUCUGGCUCAGCAUAGGGUCACUUUGCCAUUAUACAAAUGGAGGUAAAAGCAAUUCUGACUGUCCAGGAGCUAAUCUGACCGUUCUAUUGUGUGGAUGACCACAUAAAAAGGCAAUUUUAGUGUAUUAUUAAUCAUAGAUUAUUAUAAACUAUAAACUUAAGGGCAAUGAGUUUAUUACAAUGUAUCUUUAUUAAAACAAAAGGGUGUAUAGUGUUCACAAACUGUGAAAAUAGUGUAAGAACUGUACAUUGUGAGCUCUGGUUAUUUUUCUCUUGUACCAUAGAAAAAAUGUAUAAAAAUUAUCAAAAAGCUAAUGUGCAGGGAUAUUGCCUUAUUUGUCUGUAAAAAUGGAGCUCAGUAACAUAACUGCUUCUUGGAGCUUUGGAAUAUUUUAUCCUGUAUUCUUGUUUGAAUUCCUCCUCUAUUUAAGAUAUAUACAUGGAAUCGAAGUGUUUAUGUAAUAGUUAUAUCCUUUUGCCUGCAGGUCAGUUGUAAUAAAUCUAGGAUGUGAUGAUGACUUUGUAAUUUGAUUUUCUCAAGUCAGACCCCGAGAGGGGAAAAUCAAGUAAAUUUCCAUUAAAUUAUCUGUGCAUUUCA